AUGGCGGAGACGGUGCUGAGCAUGGCGAGGUCCAUGCUGGGGAGCGCCAUCAGCAAGGCCGCCGCGACUGCCUCGGAAGAGAUGAGCCUGCUCAUCUGCUCAUGGGGUGCAGAAGAAGAUCUGUUCCAAAAGUUGGAAAAUGAUACAUUUCUUCUUGAACCUAAUUUGACCGGCAGGUUCAUGAAAGAUGAACUAGAAACUAUGCAAGCGUUCUUGGUAGCCCCUGAAGUAACCAAGAAAAAAGAUAAACUGGUGAAGGUCUGGGCAAAGCAAGUACGAGAUCUGUCAUAUGACUUUGAGGAUUGCCUUACCGAGUUCACAGUACAUGUGGGAAGCCGAAGCCUGUCACAACAGAUGAUGAAGCUGAAAGACCGUCACCAGAUUGCUGUCCAGAUCCGCAAUCUCAAGGCAAGAGUUGAAGAAGUGAGCAAGAGGAACACACGCUACCACUUAAUCAAGACAGAGGCAUCCAACACCACCAUGGACGAGACGGAGUCCUACUUGGAAGAUAUUCGCAACCACUCGGCUAGCAACAUCGAUGAAGCACAGCUUGUAGGCUUUGAUGAACCCAAGAAGAAGUUGCUUGAGAUGAUACAAGAAGUUCGUGCCGAUGAUGGACAUGCACGUGUGAUCUCAGUGGUCGGCAUGGGAGGUUUGGGUAAAACUACUCUUGCCAGGAAGAUAUAUGAAAGCAAGGAAGACAUUGCAAAGAACUUCACAUGCCGUGCAUGGAUCACUGUAUCACAAUCAUUUUUGAAGAUAGAUCUUCUGAAAGAUAUGAUUAGGCAACUGUUGGGCGAUGAAUCAUUGAAGAGAUGCUUGAAACGACUUGAAGGAAAGGGAUUGCAUGUAAAUGACCUUGCCAGCUACCUCACACAAGGGCUAAUGGAUAAAAUGUAUUUUGUUAUUCUUGAUGACUUGUGGACCAUUGAAGCAUGGAAUUGGAUUAAUAAGUUUGCUUCUCUAAGCAACAAAAGCAAAGGUAGUCGGAUCAUAGUUACAACCCGUGAUGCUGCUAUAGCAAAGGCAUGCAGUUCUAAUGACUCUCUUGUUAACCAUCUUCAACCUCUAGAAAUAGGUGAUGCCAAAGAGUUGCUUCUAAGGAAGGCACAAAAAGAUACCAAAGCCACCAUGAGUGAGGACUUUAUCUAUAAUUCAUGUAAAUUAGAAGAUAAGCAACAAGAUCACAUAGCAUUAAAUUUGUCCUACCGUGACAUAGGCAUGUGCAAUGUAACAUCGAGAACCUAUACGCCGAUGGAAAUGGACUUUCGCAUGAUUAACUUGGUUUUUGACAUAAGUGUCCUGUACACCACACAAAUUUGUAAGCCAUGUUUUCUGUACCUAAGCAUUUUUCCUGAGGACUUUGAAAUUAAAAGGAGGCGUCUGGUAGAUAGGUGGAUUGCAGAGGGGCUGGUUACUGCCAGGGGUCGAGUAACAGUUGAGGAAGUUGGAGAACGUUACUUUCAGGAGCUGAUCAGCCGAAGCAUGAUUCUACCAGCAAGAGUAAAUUUCGAAGGAGUUGUUAAGAGCUGCCGUGUUCAUGAUAUCGUGCGCGAUACAAUAAUCUCGAUAUCCAAAGAGGAGAAUUUUGUUUACUCAACAGAAGGACGAGUAUCAGGUGUGCGGGUGCCAAGAGGAAUCGGCAACCUAAAAGCGCUGCAGAUCCAAGAGGUUGUGGAUCUCAAGGGCACUAGUACGAAAGCAAUUGAGGAGUUGGGUGAUCUAAGUCAGCUAAGAAAAUUAAGCGUGAUGACAAGAGGGGCAGCAAAGGGAAAAUGUGAGGCCUUUUGCAAUGCGCUUCUAAGGAGCCUAAAGUUGAUUGGAAAGAUAGGGACUACACCGGCUUGGUUUGGGGAUCUUGGGCAGUUGGUCAAGGAGUACUUAGAAUGGACCUACCUAGAGGACUUGGAGAUACUUCGGGCGCUGCCCAACCUUAUGCUCAUUCAGCUUUUUAGAAGGGCAUAUAGUGGAGAGAAACUAACAUUCAGAACUGGAGCAUUCCCAGGUCGCAGGAAACUUGUUCUUUCUCAACCGGAAGGAUUGACAGAGGUGACAUUUGAGGAAGACGCCUCACCCUUCGUGGAAAGCAUCCAUAUCGAAUAUCUGAAGCUAGAGUCAGGGAUUAUUGAUAUCAAGCACCUUCCAAGACUCAAGGAGAUUUCACUUGGUCGUGGCUGCAAGGUGGCAGGAUUUAAUAUGCUGCAAGCGGAGUUCAACCAACAUCCCAAUAAGCCCGUGCUGCGACUGAAGGAGGACCGAAAGUACCAUGACCUGGGAGAUGUCGUCGGAUCCGGUGUUGAAGAGGAAGCAACCGAACCUCAGCCUGAUGACACCAAAGAGAGCUCGUUUGAUUCCCAUUCGGCGUGGUUGGCUGGAGAGUUCAUGGUGGGCGUCUUGUUCUUCUUAGAGCCUUAG